UGUAUAAAAGAAUAACAGAAGAGAAGUAGGGAAGAAGAGUAGGCAGAAAGGAGUGAGCAGAAGGUGAAAUAGGGAGUGGAGUAUCGGCCCCCACACAGACAGGAAAGGAACCUCAUCAAUCUCAAUGCGUUACAACAAUCUCAUCCGUUCAUUCUCCCAUCCAUGAAUCUUAUGCCCUUCAAACUUAGGGUUACAGCAUUAUCAACGCCAUGUCCCCCAAGAUCAACGUUCAGAUUUCUCCCCAGCCCUGUCCCCACUUGGCCGAGUUCCGCCGCACCUCCACCAAGCCAUUUCUUGCUCUCCAUAGCUGCCUCCGGAUCAAGCCUCCCGGUGGCCGUGCGGCUCUCCGCCGUGAUCCCGACGAGGUCCCCCGCUGCGGCGCCUGCGGCGCCUGCGGCCUCUCCUCCCCCUCCCGCCUAUAUGCCUGUGUCACCUGCGCCGCCGUCUCCUGCCACUCUACCUCCAACGCCGAAUCCUCCCAUGCCGCCGUUCACGCCGCCUCAAUGCCGCCUGGCCACCAGAUUGCCGUCGACGUCGACCGCGCCGAGCUCUUCUGCUGCGCGUGCCGCGACCAGGUCUACGAUCGCGACUUCGACGCCGCCGUGGUGAUCGCCCAGAUCGCCGCGUCAACUCUUGGAGCCGAUCCUCCGCCGGCGAUCCCCUCGUCUCAUCCUGAGAAUCUCCGGAAGAAACGGCGAGUGGAUUACCGGCCCUGGGCGCCGGAUCUGCGCGAGCGCGCUCUGAUCGGGAGCUGCUCUGCCCCGAUCGCCAGCGACGCUCCCGAUCCUUCGCAGGAUUUGCCGCGCGGUUUGCGCGGACUGAACAAUUUGGGAAAUACGUGCUUCAUGAACUCGGUGUUGCAAGCGCUGCUUCACACGCCGCCGUUGCGGAAUUACUUUUUGAGCGAUAGGCAUAAUCGGUUUUUCUGCCAGAAAAGGAACAACGGUGACGGAGACGGUGGUGCUGCUGGGAAGAGAAAUGGCGGCAAUAAUGGGAACAAGAAUGCGCGAAUAUGCUUAGCUUGCGAUAUGGAUGCUAUGUUCUCUGCUGUGUUUUCUGGAGAUCGCGUUCCCUACAGCCCCGCUAAGUUUUUGUACAGUUGGUGGCAGCACGCAGCCAACCUUGCCAGUUAUGAACAACAAGAUGCGCAUGAGUUCUUCAUUUCCAUGCUUGAUGGCAUCCAUGAGAAGGUGGAGAAGGGUCGGCGUAAGCCAGAUAGUGAAGGCAAUGGUGACUGCUGCAUUGCUCAUAAAGUAUUCUCUGGUAUUCUGCGAUCAGAUGUUACAUGUAUGGCCUGUGGUUUCACAUCAACUACUUACGACCCAUGCAUAGACAUCUCACUGGACUUGGAACCGAAUCAAGGGGUUUCUAAUAAAAUGGCUACUGCAACGUCAAAUCAUUCUUGCAAUGGUGAGGCUGAUUGCAUGAAUUCAAGCCAAUACUGUGGAACAUCUACCUUGACUGGAUGCUUGAAGAGAUUCACGAGAGCAGAGAGAUUGGGAGCUGACCAAAAAUUUUUCUGCCGGCAGUGUCAGGUGAGGCAAGAAACACUCAAACAGAUGUCAAUAAGGAAACUUCCCCUUGUUUCAUGCUUUCAUAUAAAAAGAUUUGAGCAUUCUUCAACAAGAAAGAUGUCCAGGAAAGUGGAUCGCUACCUACAGUUCCCAUUUUCACUGGACAUGUCACCGUAUCUCUCGUCAACAAUUUUAAGGAGUCGAUUUGGGAACAGGAUCUUUCCUUUUGAUGGGGAUGAGCCUGAUGCUUCAGAUGAGUUGUGUUCAGAGUUUGAGUUGUUUGCCGUUGUCACGCACACUGGUAAACUAGAUGCUGGCCAUUAUGUUACUUAUCUGCGAUUAAGCAAUCGAUGGUACAAGUGUGAUGAUGCUUGGAUUACUCAAGUUGAUGAGAACAUUGUCAGGGCUGCACAGUGUUACAUGAUGUUCUAUGUACAGAAGAUGCUUUACUAUAAAGCAACUGAUAAACAGGUCGCCUCAUGAUUCGAAUAAGAGAAGCUCCAAAUCAUUGAUAUGCCAUGGUUAAUAUCAAUUUUCAUUCCAAUGAUAUGCCAUGACUCAUACAUGAGGAAACAAGCAAAGGAAAAUAUAUUGCAUUCACAUCACAACUAGCGAAUAUGUCAUUUUCAGAGAUUAAUUUAUAGUUUCAAGUUGGAGCUAGAAACCAGCCAGAAUUUUUAAGGCACUCCAACUUUUUGGAAACUCUAAAAUUGUUUAUGCUCUUUCUUCCCGUGCUUUGAAAAUCAGUGGUUGGAGGGCUUUGCA